AUGCUGUGCUGGGGGAAUGCAAAGGAUGGACAGUUGGGACUUGGUAUAGAGAGGAACCCUGUAUUUGAGCCCAGGAACUGUCACGUGUUCAGCGGCAGGGGACUGAAAGAGGUAGCCUGUGGAGGGCAACACUCAAUGUUCCUGCUGCAUGAUGGUAGUGUGUACACAUGUGGUUCUAACAGCUGUGGGCAGCUGGGCCACGACAGACCAGGCACUUCCCCAGAGUUUGUAGGAGCUCUGGAUACUCAGACAAUAACAAUGGUGUCGUGUGGUCGGGCCCAUUCCAUGGCUGUGAAUGAGCAGGGUCAAGUGUUUGCGUGGGGAGCUGGUGAAGGGGGCCAGCUCGGCCUGGGGACUACAGAGACGGCUGUUCGAAUCCCAAGGUUGGUCAAGAGGCUGUGUGACCACCGGAUCUCUCAAGUAAUGUGUGGGAAUCAGCACUGCAUUGCACUUUCUAAAGACGGCCAGCUGUUCACAUGGGGCCAGAACACCAGCGGUCAGCUUGGUCUCGGGAGAGGGGAGCCCAGCAAGUUGUCCCCUCACCCCCUGAAGUCUCUGGCAGGUAUUCCUCUGGCACAGAUAACCGCCGGGGGAGACCACAGCUUUGCUCUCUCCCUGUCCGGGGCUGUAUUUGGUUGGGGCAAGAACAGAGCCGGACAACUGGGUCUCAAUGAUAAACAAGACCGUGCUGUCCCGUGCCACAUCAAAUUUUUGAGGUCUCAAAAAGUUGUUCACAUCAGCUGUGGAGAUGAGCACACAGCAGCCCUCACAAAGGACGGCGGCUUGUUUACAUUUGGUGAAGGCUCGUGGGGUCAGCUUGGUCAUGGCUCCACCAAUAAUGAACUUUUACCCAGACGAGUGCUGGAGCUCAUGGGAACUGAGGUGUCCCAGAUCACCUGUGGCAGGCACCACACGUUGGCGUUUGUGCCUUCCACUGGUGUAGUGUACGCGUUUGGUUGUAACAGCCACGGCCAGCUGGGCACAGGAAUACUGGGGGAUGCCAGGACCCCAUUUCCUGUCAAGUCCAGUUCUCUGACUGGGAAUUUCCAUAAAACAGAAUCAAGACAAUAUACAGUGACCAAAAUCAUCUGUGGAGGAGACCAUAGCUUCUUAUUGUACUCCAAUGAUCAGAACUGUGUCCCCCCAGAAGACUUCAGGGUGAUAAAUAUCAGUAGAUCACUCUCCCCAAUCAAUUAUGAAAGAUUAAAUUCAUGGAGGUUAAAGCUGAUGUACAGCACAGACUCAAGUGUCACAAAUGACAUCAUAAUUCAACUUUCCUCUACUGCUUGUUGGAACGGCAGCUUUUUGGACCAAAGUGAUGACACCCACUUCAAAACCAACCCAAAGAUCCCAGGCAUCGAUCUAAACUCUGUCAGGACGCUAUUUGAGACGCUCAACAAACCGGCCUUCUCUGGACUUCUGGAGCAGGCUACCAAGAGCUUUGAGAGUCUGUUGAUCCCUCAGCUGCCGCGCUCUCCUCCUGAUGUCGAGGCCAUGAGGAUCUACCUCAUCUUGUCCGAGUACCCGGCCCUGAUGGACUCCAAGAACUACAUCCGCCUCACUAUCCCCCUGGCAAUGGCCAUCCUCCGGCUAGACACCAACCCCAGCAAAGUAUUGGAUAACUGGUGGUGUUUUGUGGAUGGCAGUGUGUUCACCAGAAUGGUCGACAUGUACAAGAGCAUCGUUGUGUUCAUGCUGACAGGAGGCAAGACACUGCUCGUACCGGUGUUCUACGAAAAUUAUUUUGUUGCCACACUGAGGCUGCUGGAGAAACUUCACAAGGUAAACUUAAAGGCCCGCCAUGUAGAGUACAACCGCUUUUAUAUCCCUGACAUCACCAGCCUGGUGGACAUCCAGGAAGACUACCUCAAAUGGUUUCUGAGUAAAGCUGACAUUAAAGUGGGAUCAUCCUCCCCUUCACAGAGUGACUUUCCCGCAGUGAACCUAUGUGCCUACCCGUUCAUACUGAACGCUCAAGCCAAGACAACCAUGCUGCAAACAGACGCUGAACUGCAAAUGCAGAUGGCAGUAAGCGGUGCAAACCUACACAACGUCUUCAUGUUGCUCACACUGGAACCCCACCUUGCUAGGAACCCUUACUUGGUGCUCCAUGUGCGCAGGAACCAUUUAGUAAGUGACACACUACGUGAGCUCACCAUGUACUCCGAUGUGGACCUCAAGAAACCGCUCAAGGUGAUCUUUGAUGGAGAGGAGGCCGUGGAUGCAGGUGGAGUAACAAAAGAGUUCUUCCUGUUGCUGUUAAAGGAGCUGAUGGAUCCUGUGUAUGGGAUGUUCACACAUUACAAAGAGUCCAACCUGCUGUGGUUCUCAGACAAAUGUUUUGUUGAACAGAACUGGUUUCACCUGAUCGGGAUCAUCUGCGGUCUGGCCAUCUACAACUCCACGGUGGUGGACCUCCACUUCCCCUUGGUUCUCUACAAAAAGCUGCUCGAUGUGCCACCGACGCUGGAGGACUUCAAGGAGCUCUCCCCCACCGAGGCCAGGAGUCUACAACAGCUUCUAGACUAUGAAGGAGGUGAUGUGGAGGAGACGUUUCUUUUAAAUUUUGCUAUCACCAGGGAGAACUACGGGAUGACAGAAGUCAAAGAGCUCAUACCUGGAGGAGAGAGCAUCAGUGUGGACAAAAACAACAGGAAGGAGUUUGUCGAGGCCUACCUGCGCUACGUGUUCUCAGACUCUGUGAGCGAGCAGUACUCGGCGUUCUCAUCUGGCUUCCUGAAGGUGUGUGGGGGUGAGAUCCUGUCGCUGUUCCAGCCGUCUGAGCUGAUGGCCAUGGUGGUCGGCAACAAUAACUACAACUGGGAGGAGAUGGAGAAGAACGCUGUUUACAAAGGGGAAUACACAGCCACUCAUCCAACAGUCAGAUUGUUCUGGGAGGUUUUCCAUGAGUUUUCUCUGGAGAAGAAGAAGCAGUUCUUAUUGUUCCUGACCGGCAGUGAUCGUAUCCCCAUCCACGGCAUGGAGAGCCUGCGUAUUGUCAUCCAGUCCACCACAGCGGAGGAGCACUACUUGCCGGUGGCCCACACCUGCUACAACCUGCUGGACAUGCCCCGCUACCAGACCAAAGAGAUCCUGCGCUGCCGUCUCACUCGGGCUGUGGAGCAGUACGAGGGUUUCAGCUUGGUCUGAGGAGGUGGAGAACUGCAGCAGCUUUAAUGCACUUUAACAGCAAUACGACCCCCGUGUCAGUGUCAAAAGAGUGUAGUGGGACUCAGACUUGGGGACACAGGAAGAUCACUCUCUUUAUAUGCUCUCACAAGAUUGUUAAGCGUCUUGAAUCUGAAAGGUCUAUCUAUGUAAAUCAGAGUAUUAUGUUUUCAUUGCUUUCGGCCAUGUUUCUCAAUCUUUAAGGACCAUUUGAAAGAUACUUUAAAUGCUGAUGUAUGGAUAUUUAUUUGAAAUUAAUCACACUCCUGAAAUAUUAAUGACAUACUUAAAUUUACAUGAGAACCUGGGAUCAUAAAAAAUAUAAGACCAAAAAUCAAAGGCCAGAGGAGGUUGAGAAACUCAGGCUUUUUGGAUGUUUGCGUAGUUUUAUUUUCGUCUUUAAUUAUUUUAUUUUGUUUUGUACUUUAUAUUCAGCUCCUUAAAUUCUAUUUUUUACAUUUAAAUAAUUCUGUUAUUAUCUUGAGACAAUAUAUCUGCUUUUUGUUACUUUUACUUGGUUAAAUAGAGUGGUUAUUUUUUGACAAAAUAUAAAAAUGUGUAUAUAUGUAUGUAAAUAGCACUUUGAAUAUAAUCUUUACCCUUGACAUUGGGAGGAGUGUUUGUCCCGCUGAUCUUUUUAAAUCUGGACACCAGCAUGUCCUCUCUGCCUGAGGUUAAAGAAGGACAAUGUGGGAGUACUCAGCAGGCAGAGAGGUGAAACAUGGUGAAUAUUAUUUGCAAUCCCUCUUUCCUUUCGAGCUGUGGAUCACAGAGAAGCUGACUUUGUCUUGAACCUGCAUUCAACAGUGUUGCCUUCUACAGCAAAACCUACACGAGAAGCUGACUUUAAAAGUUGAUUUUUAGUGGUUGUUGUCUGUGUGCAUGUUCUUGAGUGGGAGCAAAAACCAGAUUGUCAUUUAAAGAGUUAGACAAUCUGGAAAAUACGCUUGUUAGCUUUCUGGGGGAGAGUUAGGUUUUAAUGUUUGACCGUUGAAUCUGAGGUGGCGACUAGCUGCUACUUAGUUUAGCUUAGCUUAGUUUAGCGUAGCCUAGCUUAUCUUAGCUUAGUUUACCUUAGCACAAAGACUAGAGAGGGGUUAAACAACUAGCCUGGCUCUGUCCAGCGGGAAUAAAACUCACGUACCAUCACCAUUUAAGUUUACUAAUUUACCCGUUAUAUCUUAUUUGUUUUAUACGUGCAAAAACUAGGGUGUAAAAACAACAACUCAUCGUUUUACGUGGCGUUAUGUACCCGCUCUCUCUUAGCUGAGAUCGGCGUUACACCGUAUUCUGUGACCCAUCAGGUAUGACUUCAUGAGGAAAUGAAUUUAAGCUAGCAAACGUUAAUUAAUUAUUGUUAUUGCAUGCCUUCUUUUGAUAGCUGUUACCAAACAUGGUGCCAUCGUAGUAUUUAGAUAGGGUUACGAAUUUAUAUAGCCUAAAAGCAUAUUCAGGUCAUAGGAUGUAACGGGUCGCGUAAUACAGCAUAACACUACAAACUUUUUCCACUGGUUGCUUAGCAACAGCGCCGCGCUAAGAAAUACUGUGGCACAAAACCCUGCGUAAAAUGGCGAUUUGGCGUUUUUAUACAUAUUUUUUUUCGUACAGACUUAACAAAUGAGUUAUAAAAUGUUGCUUUGUCAACUUAAGAUGCAUUUAAAAAAAAAAAAAAAGAUUUUGUAACUGCUCGAUAGCGCGAGACCAGCCGUUUCCCCGAUUUCCGGUCUUUUUUGCUAAACUAAGCUAAGCUAAGCUAACCGGCUGCUAGCUGUAGCUUCACAUGUAACGAUGCUAAGCUACUUGUCAACCAGAAAGCCAGUAAAUGUAUGUAUGUCCAAAAAUUGCAUUUACUACAAAAUAUUUACUCAUUAAAAUUAAUAAUUGUAAUUAGUUUGUUUCCAAGUUGCAGAUAAGUAAAUUAUGACUGUAAAAUGUGUCUUGGAGGAUGACACAGUAUUUAACAGUGUGGGCAGAUAACUUAUUUAAUUCGCUAGUCAGUUUGUUGCACAUCUUGCCCUGAUACUGUAUUUAUUCCUACAGUCAAACCUCUUUAAUCCAAAUGUUUAAUUAGAUCGUGCAUUGGCGUGAAGUGUGUGACAUGGUCUUGCAUAUAUACGUAUAUAUUUUUUAUAUAUUUCAUACAUGACAGUGGUGUCAAAGUGACUUGAGACAGUAAAUGACUUGAUGUGUCCCACCAGGUCACACUGACACAUCUGUUUAGCAAUAACAACCUGAAACAGCCCAGUAAUGUAGUGAUAACUCUGGGCUUUUCUUCUAAAGGUCUUAAACAGUGGACUCUUCUGAGAUGUUUUCUUGGGACAGUUCAUCUUCUUGCUUAGCGCUAUACUGCAUGUACACACAUGUUCUUACAUGUUCAGUCAGUAUUUGUCUAAUUAAAGCUAAUUUCUCCUGCAGAGUUUAGUCCUAUGCAAAGGUUUGUGCAGCCCUUGACUUUUUUGCACCUUUUAUUGUGCUACAAGAAAAUGUGAUUUUGCAUAUUUGUCUGAAAUCUACACAAAACUCUGUGUUCCAGCCAACUUUUUAAAUAAAACAAUACAGUGUUUG